AUGGCGGAUUUAACCAGUAAUUCUCUACACCAUGUAAGCAGUGAUUCUCUACACGAUGUAACCAGUGAUUCUCUACACAAUGUAAUCAGUGAUUCUCUACACGAUGUAAGCAGUUAUUCUCUACACGAUGUAAGCAGUGAUUCUCUACACGAGAUAACCAGUGAUUCUCUACACGAGGUAACCAGUGGUUCUCUACACGAUGUAAGCAAUGAUUCUCUACACGAGGUAACCAGUGGUUCUCUAUACGAUGUAAGCAGUGAUUCUCUACGCGAUGUAACUAGUGAUUCUCUACACGAGGUAACCAGUGAUUCUCUACACGAUUUAAGCAGUGAUUCUCUACACGAGGUAACCAGUGGCUCUCUACACGAUGUAAGCAGUGAUUCUCUACACGAGGUAACCAGUGGUUUUCUACACGAUGUAAGCAGUGAUUCUCUACACAAUGUAAGCAGUGGUUCUCUACACGAGGUAACCAGUGAUUCUCUACACGAUGUAAGCAGUGAUUCUCUACACGAGGUAAGCAGCGAUUCUCUACACGAGGUAACCAGUGGUUCUCUAUACGAUGUAAGCAGUGAUUCUCUACACGAUGUAAGCAGUGAUUCUCUACACGAUGUAACCAGUGAUUCUCUACACGAUGUAACCAGUGAUUCUCUACACGAGGUAACUUACACGUUGUAUUUCUAUUUUUCGUCUGUAAUGGACAAAGAACUCAAGAAUAGAAAGAAUGGCGAUGAUGAAAUUAAAAUUUCGCUAUAA